AUGCCGAAAGAGAAGCACGUUCCUUGGACUGAGUCCGAGGAAGAUAACCUCGAACCAUGGUUAUCUAUAUAUGACUGGAUGCCAUGGAAAGAAAGGGCCAAAGAAUACUCCAAGCAACACGAUAAAGACAGAUCAUUCGAGUCGCUGCGAGGAAAACGCAAUCAGCUUCGAAAAGGGAUUAGAAGACGGCGACCAAUCUCAGACAGAUCGAAUUUACGGGCCCGUACCACGGCCCGUAGGGCUCUGUACCGAAUUCAGAGACUUCCGCAGGGCUUCCCUCCCCGCCCUCCUAACUUCAGGCUAAAAUCUCCCGACCCUUGGGCUCGUCAACUACUGCAGCAGGUGCAUCAAUAUGGGAAUCCACGCCACCAGGUUUCUGCUCCGGCCUCGCAGAAUGAAGAAGGUUCCCAGCCCGCAAUUGCACCAAACAAUGCCACGCCGGUUUACAUAAGUCCCAAGCCGGUAUUCCGACGACGUGAACAGCCGAUGUUUAUAUCACAACUUUGGAGGAUGAUCCGCCGCAUGCACAUCUCUCACAGGGACGAGGAGCCGUGA